UUCCAAUGUAAACAUGGUGAAACACUGCUGUUGGGGUGAUUGUCGGAGUGACGACCGCUACAGAAAUGCAGAUCAUAUGCAGGACGUGUUCUUCAUACCGUUUCCCAAGCCUAAAACACAGCAUGAAAAAUGUAGAUUGUGGGUUUCCUUGUGCGGGCGUAAAAACUGGGGGGUUACCAAUGUAAACAAACACACUUACAUAUGCAGCAAGCAUUUCUUUGGAGGAAACGGUCCUACCAUUGACCAUCCCAAUCCUUUGCCGGCAUCUGGUACGGCCAUUGAUAUAAAACGAGCACAGAGAAGAGCUCGACCAUACCCCAGGUCCAGAUCAUUGCCAGCAUCAGUGAUAAAGAAAUGCCAAAUUGACGACACCAAACUGAUAAUGCAGCAGGAAAACCACAACAAUUCAUUCAGUAUCUUGAGUGACCAUGCCUACACUAUUCAACCCAGAGGUCCAGGAGAGAGAGGUACACAAACAGAUAGUGUGGAGACCAGAAAUUUUGGCACUCAGACAGAUCUUACUAUCAACUGCUUAAAGAACUAUGACGAUCAGCAGCUUCAAAAUGAAGGCCUAAUACGUCGACACCUGACAGUAACUAAUGUAACUAAAGAUGACUCCUCAUGCAAAUUUUACACAGGGUUGUCAAUGGCAUUGCUCUCACUGGUGUUUGGAUGGCUAAAAAAUAAAGCUAAAAACAUGACCUACUGGUGUGGAGCAGAAACAAAUAAGGACAAAGUUGAGGUAUCAAAUGUUGGAAGACCAAGGUCUCUAUCAUUAUGGGAGGAAUUCCUUUUGGCACUUCUGCGACUAAGAAAAGGGUAUGACAACACCACACUGGGACAGAUGUUUGGUAUAUCAGCAAGUUCUGUUAGCCGGAUAUUUUUUACAUGGAUGUGUCUCAUGUCCCGUGAGCUAAGGUUUUUAGUGUGUUGGCCAUCUAGGGAACAGUGUAGAAGGAAGUUGCCAAAGUGUUUCAAGUGGUUUACUCGCACAAGGUGUGUUAUAGAUUGCACAGAGUUUUUCAUACAGAAACCCAGUAUGCCUUCCUCUCAACGGAUAACCUGGUCUGCAUACAAACAUCACAAUACCUUAAAAGUGUUAAUGGGAAUAACCCCCACAGGAUCAUUCAGUUUUGUAUCUGGGGCUUUUACAGGUAGCAUAUCAGAUAAAAACAUAGUUCUGCAAAGUGGCUUUCUGGAAAAGAUAGAAUAUGGUGAUGACAUUAUGGCUGAUCGGGGUUUCCUUAUCCGAGGAGAGCUUGCCUUAAGAGGUGCUACACUAAAUAUGCCACCAUUUGCCAUGGGAAGACAACUCUGCAGCAAAGCAACAACAAAAACUAGGAGGAUUGCUCAUGCGAGAAUUCACGUUGAGAGGGCAAUAGGACGUUUAAAAAACUUCAGUCUACUUCAAGGGGUCUUAAGUCUGAAACUGAAAAAUGUAAUUGAUGAUGUUAUUUUAGUUUGUGCAGCACUGUGUAAUUUGGACAACCAACUUGUAAAGUAGUGGUCAUGUGUGAUCAUUAUGUGCAGUUAACUUGCUGAUAAUUACUGUAAAACAAAAGCAGUCCUUAGUUAUGUCAGGAAAAUGUUAAAGAGGCACUCCUUUGUUUGAAAUGAUUUUAGGUUGUAAAAAUGAAACUUAAAGGAAAAUUAGUAUUUUUCCACAGUUGUAAAAGUUAUUAUCUUUACAUUAUUACUGCAAUUUCACUCUCAAGUUAAUCUAAAGCUUUCAUGUUUUUGAUGUCCGAAUGCAGGAAUGCCCCUUUCACUGAUUUGUAGAUUUAAUUACCAGGAUGAUUAGACAAUCUAUAUAUAGAGUUCAUUUUCCUGGUUGAGCUUUACAGUGCGUCAGCUUGUAUUUCAGAGAUCAAAGCACUUAACAAGUUUUGUUCAAAGUAAGUUUUCACCUUGUGAAUCAUAUUUUCAAAGAAGAUUUGGUCGAAUUCACAGUGAGCAACAUGGAUGCCUUUGCGAGUGUAAAUAACCAAAUCAGUUGAAGAGAGUUCCAGAAUACCCAUUUGUGCCUGAAUCUGAUGGAAAUAGUCACUUUUCUCUGCUACCACCCAUUUCCCAUCAAUAAGUUCACAUCCUUUAUGUACACCUGCCGUCUUUGGAUUUUCAUUUCUUAAUGAAUAAGGACAUUUAAUUUCAAUAUUUUUGUUUUCAUGAGAUGGAUUCUUACAUUUACAGGAGAAAACACCAUCACUGCUGCAACCUAUAUAACAUGUACAAGGAUAAACAGUUAGGCCUUUUUGGGUGAUUUUGCAUCCUAAAUGCUUCCUUCUGUUUGCUCGCAUGUACAGAUCACGACCCUUUUGCUCAUUUUUCUUGCCCCAUUCAAGAGGUGCUGGAUCAAUAUCAUCAUCACUUGCAUAUUUACCAAGUAAAGAUUUGAGUAAGGAUGGUGGAUUUCUGUUGUUGUCAA